CGCCGACAGCAGUCAAUCCGCAGCGUCCGUUGUCGUAUCUAAUACGAAGUAGUGUUUUUCUUUCCUGGAACCCGGGAGUCGCAGCGCCGCUGUCAUGGCGAACACUGUCUUUCGCGGCUCUGUCGUGUCAAACACAAACGUUGUGCCCUGCUCGACCCCACUCGGGGAUCUCGUCAUCGAGGACGGUUGUUUCUUCCCGGAACCUGCAGCGUACGUGCUGGACAUGACGACGCUGUUGUCGGACACAACGACACCCGUAUUGCACUCGAUGAUGACCAUGUCGUCGACGACCGUGUCGGACAGGAUGACGAUCGUGUCGGACAGGACGACGACCGUGUCGACGACGACCAUGUCGGAUAGGACGACAAUCGUGUCGGACACGACGACGACUGUGUUCGACAUGAGCGUCGUCAUGCCCGAGACGAUCGUUGUCGUGUUCGACACGAGCGUCGUUGUGCCCGACACGACGACGAUAGUGUUGGACACGACUACGAUCGUGUCGAAUACCUCAACGAUUGUGUCCGACACGAUGAUGAUCAUGCUCGACAGGAUGACGAUCGUGUCCGACACCUCCGCGGUCGUGCUCGACACGAGGACGAUCGUGUUCGACACGACGACGAUUAUGUUCGACACCACGGCGAUCGCGUUCAACACGAUGGCGAUCACGUUCGACACAACGACGAUCACGUUCGACAUAACGACGAUCGUGCUCGACACCACGACGACCGUGCUCGACACCACUACUUGCGCAAACAAACGCCAUAAAGAACUUCGAACACGAUUGUCCCUGCCACGUCGAGUCGAACACGAUGGUGCCCUGACGACGAUCUGGCCGGUCGUCGAAUCGAACUUGAGCCCGAGUGAAUUGUCGUGCGUCGAGUCCGACACGACCGUCGAGUACGACACGACCGUCGAGUCCGGCACGAUCGUAUUUGACUCGACGACAAGGCACGAUCGUGUUCGACUCGACGGUCAUGUCGGACUCCAUAGUGUUCGACUCGACGAUCGUGUCGGACUCGAUCGUGUUCAAUUCGACGAUCGUGUCGGACUCGAUCGUGUUCGACUCGACGAUGGUGUCGGACUCGAUCGUGUUCGACUCGACGAUCGUUCCGGACUCGAUCGUGUUCGACUCGACAAUCGUGUAGGACUCGAUCGUGUUCGACUCGACGAUCUUGUCGGACUCGACGAUCGUGCCGACAUGAUUGUCGAGUCGAACACGAUCGAGUCCAACACGAUUGUCGAGUCGAACACGAUCGAGUCCGGCACGAUCGUCGAGUCGAACACGAUCGAGUCCGACACGAUCGCCGAGUCGAACACUAUCGACUCUGACACGAUCGUCGAGUCGAACACGAUCGAGUCCGACACGAUCGUCGAGUCGAACACGAUCGAGUCCGAUACGAUCGUCGAGUCGAACACGAUCGAGUUCGACACGAUCGUCGAGUCUAACACGAUCGAGUCCGACACGAUUGUUGAGUCGAACACAAUUAAGUCAGACACGAUUGUCGAGUCAAACACGAUCGAGUCCUACACGAUCGUCGAGUCAAACACGAUCGAGUCUGACAAGACCGUCGGGGCGCGCAACUUGACAGACGCUGUCGUGUAUGUGUCCAAGAACGAGUUGUCUAUGUCCGGAAGGGACAUGAGUUUAGUUCACAGAGUGGUCGAUGGGAAACUGGAUAUCGUGGUCAGUGGCAACGUAGAGGACGUCGGCGCUUGGCGCGAGGUCGAGACUAAAGUCGUUUCUAUUCGGGAUGCCAUAGGCGGUUCUCUCGUCGGAAACUCCAGGUUUGUGCGCAUGCCAUACAUUUCUGUGUUUGCUGAGAACUCUACCGUCGACGAGCCGCAGCGGCUGACCUUCGGAUCGACACUUCGCAUAUUGAAUGGCCGCAACAGCGGGAGAGUUCGCGAUAGUCGAUAGAUGGCCUUCGUCGGUCCCCUUUGUCG